AUGGAAGAGAAUAUAGAAAUAAACCAAUAUGAUAUAAAUUUAGAUUUAAAUAAAACAAUAUCAUUUUUUUUAUCAAAUACAAUACCGGUGGGUGGAGGUAACAGCGAUAAUAACAAUAGUAACAGCAACAGUAACAGUAAUAGUAACAAUAAUGAUCAAAUUAUAGAAAAACAGAGAUAUAUGUAUUUAAAAUAUAAACAAUUUAUAGAAUAUUUAUUUGAAAAUGCCUAUGCAAAUAAUUUUAAUUUUAAACUAUACAAAACAAUACCACCCACUAAUCAACAAUUUGUAAAUAUAAAAAAAAUUAUUGAAAAUUUUAAAGAUCAAAACAAAGAAAUGUAUAUAGCGUGUAGAUAUGAUAAUUAUGUAGCAUCAAAUUAUAAGAACAAAGAAGAGCAAGAGGAAUUUAUAUAUAGUUUGGUUGUAAAUCAAUUAGAAUGUUCAAUAUCUUUAGGCAAUGAAAAAGAUAACCCUGAAGAAAGACCUCCAUCAUUUGAUAAUUAUUUAAUAGUGUAUGGUCUAAUUAAACAUAACUCGCAUUUAUUGUGUAAAGAACCUAUGGUUAAAAUUUUAAAUAAAAUAAAAGAAUUUUGUAAAAAUGAAGAGUUCAAAAAACUACCUUUUGAUUUGGGUCAUAUCCAACUAAAUAGAAUCAAUAAUAGUAUAAACCACCCCAUUAGCAGUUGUGAAAAACAAGAGAAUUUAAAUUUGUUUAAUCAGUUAUUAGGUUUUAGUCAAGGAUCAUCAGAUAGUUUCUUUUCAUUUCAAAAAAUAAUGUGCGACUAUAAAAGCAGUGAUAUGGCAUUCACUUUUAGAUAUAAAGUACCAGAUUAUAAAAUCAUAAUAUCAGAUCACUUUUUAAAAUCAUACAUAGACACAUUGCUAAUAAUAAUACCAAUAUAUAAUAGUAUUGAUAAUAGUUUAGCAACAUCGGUAGUAGAUAAUAGUUUUAUACUGUUGGAUAUUGUGAAUGUAAUAAAGCAGCUACAGAAUCACUAUAAAAAAUAUCUAAUAGAACCUUUACGUGACUAUAUGUUUAGGGUAGAAAUCCUAAAGCCAUGGGACAGAGACGAUGAUAUCAAUGAUGAUGAAGAGGUCCAAACAAAUUUACCAGAAAAAAAACAAGAUAGUACAAACUAUUUAGAAGAAUCAGACUCUGAUGAUGAGGAACAAGAACAUGAAGAGGGAGAAUCUGAAUAUAUAGAGGAUUACACAUUUACUAUAAAAGACAAUACUAAAGAGACUAGUAAAGAAUUCACCAUAGUACAGAAAACAAUAAACCCAAAAACCAGUCCAAAUAAAAAGGAACCAACAAUAGAUUUAAUCAAAUUAAAAUAUAAUUUUUUAAUCUGCUCAUUUUUAGAAAAUGGAAUAAUGGAUUUAAAAUUAGUUGAAAAACUUAUUAGAGACAUUCAGCUAAAACGAGUAACAAAAUCACUCUCAACACUAGGUAGAAUUUGUGUUCCGUUGGGGCUAAAAGAAUUUAUAAAUAUUUGUAUCAAACUUUGUUCAAGCCUAAAAUUACAAUUUUCAUUCUUUAGGUUCCUAGAUAUGUUUGUUGAGGGUUGUCAAAUACUAGAUCCAUACUGUAGAUUGGGAAUAUUGCAAGAAAUCUACAGAGCUGAAGAGUAUAUUGAAAAUGAAUGGGAUCCUGACGUACUAAACAUUGAAGACUCGGAACUACUAUUGGACUAUUUCGAGACCGCUUUCACCUGCCUAUACAAAGAUAAAAUGGUUGAUAGAGAACCAAUAUUAGAAGUAAUGCUUUCAAGUAUUGAUAAAGGCAUUGCACCAGUUAAAAAAAUGUUUAUAGAAAGAAAACUCCAUCAUUUUUUAUCACUUUUACCAAUGGAUUACAUAAACAAAUAUCUAAUGCACCAAUUUUAUUCAAAAAUUCAACAAUCAAAAGUUUAUCACAUAAAAUAUCAACAAUAUAAUGAUAUAAAUUUUAAUAAUUUACAGCUAAAUAUAAAUCACACACAUUAUAGCCAACAAAAUCAAGAUAAAGGUACCAUUAUACUAUCAAGUUAUUUACAUCAAUAUAUUUUAAUUUUAUUAUUAAAUGAUAAACACACCAAAACCAAAGAAAAGUUAUCAAUAGCGUUAGUAUCAAAGAGAUUUUAUCAAAAUACAAUUGACAUUAUGAAUAACUCAACAUGUGUACCAAUCAAAAUACUAUUACAUAUCUACAAUGUAAAGAAUAUAAUAGGGAACUAUUCACUACUAAAGCCAUCACAAGUAAAAUAUAUUAAAAUUCACCAAAUUACUACACCAGGCGGUGUCUAUAGCAAAUGUUUAGAUUUUUCAAAACUAAAAUACCUAUUUACUUCAGUCGAAAUAUUAAAGAUCAAAGGUAGAGGUAGUCUGGGCUUUUCACCAAAGGAUAUUCAGCAUUUAAUCGAAAUGAAAUCACUAAAAAAGAUUAAUAUGAGGCCAUUGUUUUGCCAAAUCAUUUCAAAUUGGUCAGAUUUCAUAAAACUAUCAAAUGAAAAACAAUUAAAAUUUAGAAUUCACGCCUAUGCCGGUCAGUCUGAUAGCUUCAAGCAUGGAAUUUUAAAAGAUCUAAACCAACAAAACACACUAGUUAAAAAGGUGGCCACAGAUUCAUUAAACUUUUUAAAAUAUUACCAUUCAAGCUAUAUGCAAAAUAUCAAUUCAUUCGCUCUUCAUACUAUGGCAGAUCAUUUAGUAGAGAAACAAAUGAAAGCAUUCAAAGAGAACCCACAUAGUAAAGAAAGAUUAAAGUCAAUUAAAUAUAUUCAGUUUAUGUUGGAUUAUAAAACAAAUGCAGUAUUAUAUUUCUUAAAUAUUUUCGAGGGUUUAGCAGUAAAUCUAGAAACCAUUAAAAUGGAAAUACGUACUUUCGAUUCACAUGAAGAAUAUGUUUUCUCUGAAAUUUUCAAGACCAUAUCUUUCAAGCAUCCAUCAGUUAAAAGGUUAAUCAUUAGAGGUUUCAAAAUCAAUGAUCAAUAUAUAACAAAAUAUCCGAUAAUAAUAAACUGGAACCUUGUCAAGCUAUACAAUUUUAAGCCAUCAAAUAAUUUAAAUUAUAUAGAAUUCGAAAGAAAAUCAAUUAACAAUGACAAAUCAUUAUAUUAUAAUAGCAUAAAUUUAAAUAAUAAUAACAAAAGAAAUUUUGACCAAUAUAUUAAAAAUAAUAACGGCGAUAAUAACGAUAGCGAGGAAUCUGAAGAGGUAUUCGAACUUGAUGAAAUUGAUAGUUCGAUAGCCCAUGAUAUAGAUUUCUUCCACACCUACUCACCAAAUGAACUUCAAAACCCAUUCAAAUAUGGUGAUAUAGAAUAUUCAAUAAAACUUUAGCAUUCUAGCGCUCGAAUAAAAUAAAUAACAUAACUCAGUUUUUUUGCAAAACGAUUUGCUUGUAAUUCAAAAUAAAAAUAAAAAUAAAAAUAAUAUGUAUUAUUUUAUUGAAUGUUAAU